UCUCUAAAACAUCAGUGUAUGUACAUCCCAAACCAAAAACCAUCAUCAAAUUCAGACAGAAACAGAAGUAGCUCUUAUAUAUGAUUUGUACAAGCAAACAGCCCACAUCAAACUUUCAGCUAGAUUUUGCCUCUCCAACACCUGUAUACCUCUCAUUGGACUAACUUCCAACAAAAGCGUUAUAAAAACUAACCAACAGUUUCGAACAUCCCGGAACUCCCUUAGUUCAAUUCAAACCCCAAACUUUUUCCGGCUUUCUACCUUGCUUCACAGCUAAACGACCCUUCAUGGGAGACAACAGGGAACCUUUGGUGGAUCGAACUAGGUUCAUGAGAACCAUUUCUCAUGCACACGACGAGUUGCAAAGCUUCAGAACGUACCUCAGAUGGAUGUGUGUUGAUCAAUCCGAUGUUUGGACAGCUUGUUUGUCUUGGUUCGUGUUCAUUCUUUUGGGACUCGUUGUCCCUGCCGUGUCCCAUUUCUUGCUAGCUUGUUCCACUUGCGAUGCUAGGCAUGCAAGGCCUUAUGAUUGGGUGGUUCAGCUGUCCUUGAGCAGUGUUGCAUCUUUGUCUUUUGUUUGUUUGACGAGGUUCGUGAAGAAGUAUGGUUUGAGGAGGUUCUUGUUCUUUGAUAAGCUUUGCGAUGAAAGUGAGACUGUUAGGAAAGGAUACACUGGUCAGCUCAAUAGAUCACUGAAGAUUGUAUCAAUUUUUGUUCUCCCAUGUUUCGUAGCUGAGAGUGCAUACAAGGUAUGGUGGUAUGCCUCGGGUGCUUCACAAAUUCCUUUCUUAGGAAUUGUCUGGCUAAGUGACGCAAUGGCUUGUAUGAUGGAGUUGUGCUCAUGGCUCUACCGCACGACAGUCUUCUUCCUGGUUUGUGUUCUCUUCCGCCUGAUCUGCAACCUCCAGGUCCUCCGGAUCCAGGAUUUUGCUCAGGUUUUCCAAGUUGAUUCAGAUGUUGAUUCAGUCUUGUCUGAGCACCUGAGGAUCAGGAGACACUUGAGGAUCAUCAGCCAUAGAUAUCGCGCGUUUAUCUUAUGGUGCCUGAUUUUGGUCACAGGCAGCCAAUUCACCUCAUUGCUUAUCACCACAAAGGCUAAUGCUGAAUUGAAUAUUUAUAAAGCUGGAGAGCUUGCUAUGUGCUCUAUAACUCUCCUUACAGGACUCAGUAUAUUACUGCGAAGCGCGACAAAAAUCACACACAAGGCACAAUCUGUCACAUGCCUUGCUGCAAAGUGGCAUGUUUGCGCAACAUUAGAUUCCUUUGAUGCAAAUGAUGGCGAGACGCCAAGGAUUCCGGCCAUCCAUGGCUGCCAAUCCUUUCCUUAUGUAGGUACAGAUGGUGAAUCAGACGGCGAGGAUGCUGGCGAUGAAGAGGAUGAUAUAGACAACAGCAAGCUGAUCCCAGCUUAUGCAUACAGCACCAUCUCAUACCAAAAGAGACAAGCUCUAGUCACAUACUUUGAGAACAAUAGAGCUGGGAUUACAAUCUAUGGCUUCACACUGGACAGGAGCACCCUUCACACCAUUUUUGGCAUUGAGUUAUCUCUUGUUCUAUGGUUGCUUGGAAAGACCAUUGGUAUUUCUUGAAGGAAAAAUCCAAGCAAACCAUGUAUGGGAUCUAUGUUCACCAUGGACGAGAGAGAGAGAGAGAGAGAG